AAAACAGCGGUUGGCAAUAUGAGUGAUGCCAAAAGUGAAAGGAGAGAUUAUGCAUAGCUCCAUAACCCCAUUCAUGUCUAGUGUCCUUUGAGCUCUACCAAGAACCACUCUUUUUGCAAGGUCUUUCGGUUUUUCUAACACAAAACUACAAACUAAAAGAAACAGAGGUAGGCUCUCACAUGUGGGUCUCUAGUACCUUAUACUAUUACUUACCUCAUGUGGGUUGCGCAUCCCAAGCCUAUUCUGUAUCAUAUCCCCUGUCAAAUAAUUCACAACCAAUUAUUGCUACGUGACCACACUCUGCAUCAUCAUUGUCUUCAUCGAAUCCUAGCGUUUUCUCUGCUAUAUAUACAAUCUUACAUAGCCAUCUCCGAUCUGUUCUCUUUCAACUAUGUGGAGCAACCUACCCUUUGAUCUUCUUUCCAACAUCUUCUUCUUCCUCUCCCCCGACUCUUUUGCUUGCGCCAAUGCAACAUGUCGAAACUGGCAUCAAGCUUGUGCCUCCACACUCAAGAACCCGGUUUUGUUGCAGAAGCAACUUCACCCUCCAUGGUUCGUAGCAUUGCCUCUUCGAAACAACUCCCUUUCUUGCUACGCUCACAAUCCAACCAACACCAACAACAACUGGUAUCAACUGUCUCUAGAUUUCUUACCACACCCUACUCGCCUCCUGGCUCACCUAGAAGGCCUCCUCUUGGUCCGACCCUCCAUCUCCACAGUUCUCCAAUUGGGUCUCUGCAACCCGUUUACAAGGCAAUACAAGCUGCUUCCGAUGUUAAACAUCAAAAGAACCAACCCGGCAGUUGGGGUGAUAUCAUUAUCACUCCCUGCAGCGUUUGGAACAGAGUCAUUUCCUUGCUUCAAAGUCUACGUGGCCGGUGGCAUGUCGGAGGCGUCCCGCGGCGGCGCCACGUAUGAGCCGACGCUGGAAAUGUACGACCCUCAGCUGAACGCGUGGCGAAUAGUCGGCACGAUGCCGAUGGAGUUUGCUGUGAGGCUAACAGUGUGGACACCAAAGGAGAGUGUAUACUGUGAUGGGGUGCUGUAUUGGAUGACGUCUGCGAGGGCAUACAGCCUAAUGGGGUACGACAUUGAGAGGAACACUUGGAGAGAGCUGAGUGUGCCAAUGGCGGACAAGCUGGAGUUUGCGGUGCUGGUUCUGUGCCAUGGGAGGCUGACACUAGUGGGAGGGACGUGUGCUUUAGGGGGUUGUAUAUGGGAGCUUGGUGAGGGAGAGAGUUGGGUGAUGGUUGAGAAGGUGCCGAGUGAGUUGGGGAGGAGGUUUAUAGGGGAGAAGGGAAGUUGGGAUAGGAUUAAGUGUGUGGGGAGUGAUGGGGGUAUUUACUUGUAUAGGGACCUUUGGGCAGGAAUGGUGGUUUGGAGGGAAGUUGAUAACACUACAUGGGAAUGGGUUUGGAUUGAAGGGUGUGAGUCGAUUAGAGGUAAACAAGUGAGAAACUUGCAAAUCAAGGGAGUUCUUGUACAUCCUAAUCUUGUACCCUCUUCCAUUUUCUAAUCAAAUAAUACCAGUUGACAACUGAAUAU